UGUAAAUGUGUCCAAGAUGGCGACCUCCAUCGUUCUGUAUUAUACGUUCUCGCCAAUUGCAACAAAAUAACAUUAUUGUCACAUGUCAAAACGUUGUUGUUGGUCGCAGAAAAUACAACACGGUUUAGUAUAUUGAAUCGGAAACGUUAAAAUCGUCUCCAAUGCUUUGUACAUUUGUAGAACUGCGCGCGGUGAUGGUCUGAGGGGAUUUCCAAGCAUGGCCACCGAUAACAGAAUUCAUUUCUGGAGGAAAAACGCAAAGGUUCCAGGGAGUAUACAGCCAGUUUAUGGAGCACAGCAUCCUCCCCUUGACCCCAGAAUCCACCGCACGUUUCCUAAAGACACUCCAAAGGCAAAUAAUCUCAAGUCCAAAAAGGCGUCUAGUUUCCACGAGUUUGCCCGCAGCACAAACGAUGCCUGGGACAUUGACGAUGAGGAGGAUGAGGACUUCUUAGCUCCCAUCCAUCCCUCAUCUCUCCCACCCACCCUGCUCUCCACACAACAGGUACCUCCUCUUCCUCCACAACAACCCAUUAACACCACCAUUGAGCCAGACACAGGGCCAGGGCCUGCAGACCGGCUGGCUCCCCCAACAGCAGAGGUCCGCCUUCAGCAUGAGGAGGCCAAUGGCAGAGUGGUGGUGAAGUCCAGCAGUGAGGCCCAGCUCAACACCAAUACAGUGCGUUCCACUCUGCAGAAGCAACAGUCUCUCCCAGUCCGCCCCAUCAUCCCGUUAGUCGCCAGAAUCUCUGACCAAAAUUCAUCGGGGGCCCCAAUCAUGACAGUGCGAGACAAGAGUCGAUUGGACAAAUUCAAAUACCUUCUGUCCUGUCCUAACACCGACCUCGAGGAGCUCCGGAAGCACAGCUGGUCAGGCAUUCCACGAGAAGUGAGGCCCAUCACAUGGAGGCUCCUCUCUGGUUACCUCCCAGUCAACAUGGAGCGCAGAGACCUGGUGCUGAAGAGGAAGAGAGAUGAGUACUUUGGUUUCAUUGAACAGUAUUACCACUCCAGGACAGACGAAACUUACAAAGACACAUAUAGACAGAUCCACAUUGAUAUUCCGAGGACAAACCCACUAAUUCCACUUUUCCAGCAGCCUGCGGUGCAAGAGGUGUUUGAGAGGAUCCUCUUCAUCUGGGCUAUCCGCCAUCCAGCCAGCGGCUACGUCCAGGGAAUCAAUGACUUGGUCACUCCAUUCUUUGUGGUAUUCCUUUCCGAAUUUGUUGAGGAGGAUGUGGAGAAUUUUGACGUAGCAUCCUUGCCUCUUGAGACCCAGAGGAACAUUGAGGCAGACAGCUUCUGGUGCAUGACCAAGCUGCUGGACGGAAUACAGGACAACUACACUUUUGCUCAGCCAGGGAUACAGAACAAAGUUAAAGCUUUGGAAGAAUUGGUCAGCAGAAUCGAUGAGGACAUACACAACUACUUUAAGAGGUAUGAGGUGGAGUACCUGCAGUUUGCUUUUCGUUGGAUGAACAACCUGCUGAUGAGAGAGCUACCUCUACGCUGCACCAUACGCCUCUGGGACACCUAUCAGGCUGAACAAGAGGGCUUCUCCCACUUCCACCUCUACGUCUGUGCUGCUUUCCUGAUCGAGUGGCGCAAAGAGAUCCUCUCCAUGGUCGAUUUUCAGGGUCUUCUCAUGUUACUCCAGAACCUUCCUACAAUCCACUGGGGGAACGAGGAAGUGGGCCUUCUCCUGGCUGAAGCAUACAGACUCAAGUAUAUGUUCGCUGACGCGCCCAAUCACUACAAGAGAUAGGCCUCUAUGCCACUGGUUCUUCAACUCUUUUUUUUUAACCGUGGCACACCUUGAUAGGAUAAAACAUUGUGCUGCACACCUGCAAUUUCCCUAUUCAUGUAGUGGUAAUGGCAUGCAUCUUACAUGAUCCAUACUGCAAAUCAUCUAUUUUCUGUGACAAAUGUUUUUUAUAGGUUAAAUGGAGUUAAUUUGAUCGUUCCUUAAUCUGAAUGUGUGUCUACCCCUUAAAGAGUGUCCUGUGAAUCCGAGUUAGAUUUUUUUUUUUAUAGGUCCGGUUAUAUGUAUAUAUAGUCUGUUACAAAUAUAUAUAUAUAUAUAUAUAUAUAUAUAAUUUUUUUACAGUUUGGGCUACAUAUGAACAGUUUUCUGCAUUGUUAAAGGUGCAACCACGGACACAAAGCCACGCUCUGUUUGUUUCUACGGCAACGGCUGUGGUACAGCUAAACCUAAUCAGACUUGGUUAUGCUAAUUGUUCUCACAGGCGAAGUAAAGGGAUAUAAAUGUACUUUCUCGUGAUGCGCGCCCCUCAAAUGAUACAAAAUGUAACAACAGCCUGAGUGCACUGGACUUGAAACAGCCACACAGAUGGAACCAUGUGCCAUUCAAUGUAUUAUCUGAACGGCGCUGGUGCUCCCAAGUCCAAAUUCCACAGUUCACAUUCGUUAGUGUCCCCCCCCCCCCCCCCAAAAAAAAUAAUUAAGAUUUGGAAAAGUUUCACUGCACAGCUGAAAGUUCCUCAAGGCACAACACUGUGCUGCGUCACACAGGUUGAAAACCACUGCUAUAUGCACUGGUGAACAGAUUGUAAAACAAGAGAUAUGUAGGUAUGUAGAGAUAUGUAGAGAUAUGUAGGUAUGUAGAGAUAUGUAGGUAUAUAGAGAUAUGUAGAGAUAUGUAGAGAUAUGUAGGUAUGUAGAGAUAUGUAGGUAUGUAGAGAUAUGUAGGUAUGUAGAGAUAUGUAGAGAUAUGUAGGUAUGUAGAGAUAUGUAGAGAUAUGUAGAGAUAUGUAGAGAUAUGCUGAUAUGUAGGUUUUUAUUCCUCUGACAUGACUGACGGACAUACUGUAAAAUACCUUGCACAUGCGUAUAGAUAGAUUAUGCACUUCAAAACCCUGGCCUGAACUACCGUUUGUACAAUAUUUUUCUUGCCGUCUUUCUCUGUUAAUAAUUGCAUUGGCAAGUUUCAUUCCACCGACUCUGCAGUGUAUUAUCUUAGAGCCAGUGGCUUGAACGUCUCAGUAGUAGUCUGUUACAGUUCACGCCGUAGGCAUCGAGUAGGGUCCUGGCAUACAGCUGUGAGUUCUGCUGUUGGAACUCUAUACUGUACUGUAUAAAUGACUGGUAUUUUAAUCUGGAAGGGAUAAGUACUUGGCUAAUCGGUUAAUGGCUAGUUCAAAUUAAUUCAUACUGGCAUUAAAUCAGUAUUGUUUGUCUCAAAGGUUUUAACCGAACUCUGAAUGGAUGACGAUGACAGUUUGAUCAUCCUUUAAGUUUCAGAGAGAAUAUACUUGAGUUAUUUUGUUUUGUCGUUUGUUUAUGACAAGAGUUCUGUGGUAAAGCUAGCCCACAUAUAUUUGACCACUUUGUCCUCACUUGUUCCCUUCGUGGGAAUAUUGAGUCCAGCAAAAGGCCAGUCUGAAUAUCUAGUGAAGAAAUGGUCCAAUGUAGUACAACGUGAUACGGGAGGAGUCACGGCUGCUACCUAUAGCCGCUCUGUACACCAGGAAAAGGUACUUUACUUCAGGGCUUAUCUAUAGGGGUGCCUUAUUGAAUCCCAAGGCCUCAAUGUGAAUCGGAUGAGAAUAGCGACCUUUAAUUGUUGAUGUAUUGUUGUAAAGUUUGGACUAGAUAUAAAGUAUUAGUUGAACUAGAUAUAGCUGUAUUUUAUCAUCUGAUUAUUUGCUAUUUUGUUUAGUAAUCGUCAGACUUCAAUUUUCUUUCUAGAUUAUAUGAAACUGUGGCACGUAUGAAAGUUGAUCAAUUGGAUCAAAAAUGAAUUUGUCAUUUGCAACUGAAUGAGACUUGUCUACCCUUCAAAUCGUGUAAACCUGAAGGGGAUCUGACACUUUAUCAAACGUAUAUUGUGUGUGUUUGUGGUGUUCAUAACAAUGCGAUGCAAAUGUUGCUUUUGUCUAUUUCCUCUUCCUGAAGAAAUGUACAAACCAGUGCAAUCUAAAUCAACAAUCUGCCACACAAUAUAACGACCAUCCAGGAAGCUCUUCAGAUAGGAGAGAAAAUGACUGUUGUACUUCCCUGUUUGUGGUUUGCAACAGCAUCUACUCUUAUUUAGUAAUGGUUAACUUAAACAGUUGUCUGUAAACUUUAUAGAAGUGAAAAUGGUGUAUAUUAAGAAGUCAAAUGUUCAGAUUUGUUAUAUAGUAAUGGACUGUGUUUUGCCUUGACUCUGAGGGUUGCUAAAUGCUGAUGGGGAUUUUCAGAGGAAACUUUUAGUAACCCUCCCUACACAGUUACUUGAUCUAUUGAAAACGGUGUCCUGUGAUAUCAACACAGCUGUAUUUCAAGCCUUUGUUAUAAGAAUGUGUAAUGCUCUCUUUCUUUUACUGUCUAACAUGGAAAACUGAAAUGUUGUCAUUUGACCUUCUGUUUUGUGUCAGUUGAUAUUGGGGUUAUGUAGUAGCCUACCAGUUGAUAUUGGGGUUAUGUCGUAGCCUACCAGUUGAUAUUGGGGUUAUGUCGUAGCCUACCAGUUGAUAUUGGGGUUAUGUAGUAGCCUACCAGUUGAUAUUGGGGUUAUGUAGUAGCCUACCAGUUGAUAUUGGGGUUAUGUAGUAGCCUACCAGUUGAUAUUGGGGUUAUGUAGUAGCCUACCAGUUGAUAGUGGGGUUAUGUAGUAGCCUACCAGUUGAUAGUGGGGUUAUGUAGUAGCCUACCAGUUGAUAGUGGGGUUAUGUAGUAGCCUACCAGUUGAUAGUGGGGUUAUGUAGUAGCCUACCAGUUGAUAGUGGGGUUAUGUAGUAGCCUACCAGUUGAUAUUGGAGUUAUGUCGUAGCCUACCAGUUGAUAUUGGGGUUAUGUCGUAGCCUACCAGUUGAUAUUGGGGUUAUGUCGUAGCCUACCAGUUGAUAUUGGGGUUAUGUCGUAGCCUACCAGUUGAUAUUGGGGUUAUGUCGUAGCCUACCAGUUGAUAUUGGGGUUAUGUAGUAGCCUACCAGUUGAUAUUGGGGUUAUGUAGUAGCCUACCAGUUGAUAUUGGGGUUAUGUAGUAGCCUACCAGUUGAUAUUGGGGUUAUGUAGUAGCCUACCAGUUGAUAUUGGGGUUAUGUAGUAGCCUACCAGUUGAUAUUGGGGUUAUGUAGUAGCCUACCAGUUGAUAUUGGGGUUAUGUAGUAGCCUACCAGUUGAUAGUGGGGUUAUGUAGUAGCCUACCAGUUGAUAGUGGGGUUAUGUAGUAGCCUACCAGUUGAUAUUGGGGUUAUGUAGUAGCCUACCAGUUGAUAUUGGGGUUAUGUAGUAGCCUACCAGUUGAUAUUGGGGUUAUGUAGUAGCCUACCAGUUGAUAUUGGGGUUAUGUAGUAGCCUACCAGUUGAUAUUGGAGUUAUGUAGUAGCCUACUAGUUGAUAGUGGGGUUAUGUAGUAGCCUACCAGUUGAUAUUGGGGUUAUGUCGUAGCCUACCAGUUGAUAUUGGGGUUAUGUCGUAGCCUACCAGUUGAUAUUGGGGUUAUGUCGUAGCCUACCAGUUGAUAUUGGGGUUAUGUAGUAGCCUACCAGUUGAUAUUGGGGUUAUGUAGUAGCCUACCAGUUGAUAUUGGGGUUAUGUAGUAGCCUACCAGUUGAUAUUGGGGUUAUGUAGUAGCCUACCAGUUGAUAUUGGGGUUAUGUAGUAGCCUACCAGUUGAUAUUGGGGUUAUGUAGUAGCCUACCAGUUGAUAUUGGGGUUAUGUAGUAGCCUACCAGUUGAUAGUGGGGUUAUGUAGUAGCCUACCAGUUGAUAUUGGGGUUAUGUAGUAGCCUACCAGUUGAUAUUGGGGUUAUGUAGUAGCCUACCAGUUGAUAUUGGGGUUAUGUAGUAGCCUACCAGUUGAUAUUGGGGUUAUGUAGUAGCCUACCAGUUGAUAUUGGGGUUAUGUAGUAGCCUACCAGUUGAUAUUGGGGUUAUGUAGUAGCCUACCAGUUGAUAUUGGGGUUAUGUAGUAGCCUACCAGUUGAUAUUGGGGUUAUGUAGUAGCCUACCAGUUGAUAUUGGGGUUAUGUAGUAGCCUACCAGUUGAUAUUGGGGUUAUGUAGUAGCCUACCAGUUGAUAUUGGGGUUAUGUAGUAGCCUACCAGUUGAUAUUGGGGUUAUGUCGUAGCCUACCUGCCUUGACCUCACUUAGCUGAUGUAAAUCAGGAAUAGUAAUUACAUUUCCAACUUUCAUACCCAUUUCUCUGCUAUGGUAGGAAAGAUGUGACAGUCAUUCUUGUAUUCAUGGUUGCUUGUUUCGUCACAAUAUGGUUUUGAACGUUUGUUUUGAACUGAUGGCCGACUGAGCAUUCUACUCAAUGCAUUUUAGAUCAAGGGCAGAUGGAGAACGUUCAUAAGAAUGGUAUGACGCGACCGAGUGAUGGAGGUGCAACCAAUGAAUUGAUUGGCAUUUAGGUUCAGUUUCAACAAUAUGGCUCAAAUUAGUUUUGUCAGGUUUUUUUUGUGACCCUAUGACAACCUAACAUAAUAAAACUGAAGUACGUUUUUUCGUGCAUCAGUUUUUCUGGCACAAUCUGAAGAUCCUGGUUAGUUUUUCAAUAAUCAGUGCUAGAACAGUGCACUUGGUGGUAUUGGAUGUGUAAUCAUGAUAAUGAGAAAACUGAAGUGCCAUAACUUCUGUACCAGUAUAAUUCUCAUAUUGGUUUUUAAGAUCACCAUGUAGUUCAAUUAGGAUUUUUCUGCCUAUUAAAUCAUCUAAUUGUCAUUCUACUUUAGAUUUCUGCUUGUUCCAGGUACAUAUUUUACCAUGUCUUCUGAAGUCAGUGUUUUUGUAGGAAAAAUGCAGACUUGUGUUCUUAGUUGGCAUUUUCACAUUUUAGAAUGAUUUGUUGGUGUAUUUAAGUAGUUGCCUUUCAGCCUUAAACUGUGCUCUGUCCUCAUUUGUUUAUUUGCUCAAAAAAAAUUCUGACUUUGUGUAAUUUUAAUUUAAUUCAUUCUCCGAUUGUAUUAUUCACUCCAUGUCGCACUGUUUCAUGGUCAUGCAAAGGUUCACUGCAUUUUGAUUUUAAAAACAGGAGAUAUAGGACAAUGAAACCUGAAGUCAUUGUCUAAAUUCAAAUUUCCAAUCAUUCAUUUGUCUUUUUCUAAUCUUCAAUAACCAAACUAUUCAGCCAAUAAUGUUUUCUUUCAGUCCCAUGCUUCUGUAGUCAUUACUGGUUUUAGCCUUAAAUUGAGGAGAUAUUACAGUAUUCUGCUGUAUAUUAACUUUUUGUUUAUAUUAAACGAUUGUUACCCUUUG